CAGCGUCCUUCCAUAAAUUGAGAAUUUAUUAGGAAAGUGGAGUACUACUACUGAGCUGUAGUCAUGCCAUCCUAUUUAGUGACAGUGGCGACGGGAAAUCAGUGGUUCGCAGGCACCGACGACUAUAUCUACCUUACCUUGGUGGGCUUAGCCGGCACGAGCGAGAGACAUCUGCUUGACAAGCCGUUCUAUAAUGACUUCGAGCGCGGUGCUACUGAUACUUACGAUGUUACAGUGACAGAGGACUUGGGGGAGAUCCAGCUGAUAAAAAUUGAAAAGCGGAAGUACUGGUUUCCUGAUGACUGGUACCUUAAAUAUAUCACUGUGAAAACACCAGUUGGUGAUUACCUGGAGUUUCCAUGUUACAGGUGGAUUACAGAUGAAAAAGAGGUGGUUUUACGAGAUGGUCAAGCCAAACUUUUGGAUAAUGAGAAGACUCAAAUCCUUAAGCAUCUCAGACGUAAGGAAUUGGAAGAACGCCAGAAGUUGUAUAGAUGGGCAGAAUGGCAUCCAGGUUUUCCUUUGAACAUAGAUGCCAAAUCUCAUAAGGAAUUGCCUCGCAACAUCCAAUUUGACAGUGAAAAGGGAGUCGACUUUAUCUUGAAUUAUACCAAAGCAAUGGAAAAUCUCUAUAUCAAUCGUUUCAUGCAUAUGUUCCAAUCCUCCUGGAGUGACUUCGCCGAUUUUGAGAAGAUCUUUGUCAAAAUAAGUAAUACAAUCUCUGAAUAUGUAAUGCAGCACUGGCAAGAAGAUUUUAUGUUUGGAUACCAGUUUCUGAAUGGCUGCAAUCCUGUACUAAUUAAAAAAUGCAUAGAACUACCAAACAAGUUCCCAGUGACCACAGAAAUGGUAGAAUACAGUUUGGAGAGAAAUCUAACUCUGGAGCAGGAAAUAAAGCAAGGAAAUAUUUUCAUUGUGGACUAUGAACUUCUAGAUGAUGUUGAAGUCAAUAAGACAGAUCCCUGCACAAUACAGUAUUUGGCUGCUCCUAUCUGUUUAUUGUAUAAAAAUUUAGAGAAUAAAAUUCUCCCUAUUGCAAUUCAGAUAAAUCAAGCUCCUGAACAAAGCAAUCCUAUUUUCCUUCCAUCUGAUGCUAAGUAUGAUUGGUUAUUAGCCAAAAUAUGGGUACGUUCUUCUGAUUUCCAUAUUCAUCAGACUGUGACUCAUCUGCUUCGGACUCACUUAAUUUCAGAAGUUUUUGCAGUGGCUAUGUUCCGACAAUUGCCUGCAGUCCAUCCUCUCUUUAAGCUCCUGAUACCUCAUGUACGGUUUACAAUAGCUAUAAACACCAAAGCUCGAGAGCAACUUAUCUGUGAAUAUGGACUUUUUGACAAGGCAAAUGCCACUGGAGGCGGUGGGCAUGUGCAAAUGGUCCAGCGAGCAAUGAAACAUCUUACCUACAGCUCUCUCUGCUUUCCUGAAGAAAUCAAAUCAAGACAUAUGGAAAGCAGUGAGGAUAUUCCAUACUACUACUAUCGGGAUGAUGGAGUUAAAGUAUGGAAUGCAAUCAAAAGUUUUGCAACAGAUAUUAUUAACAUAUAUUAUGGAAGUGAAGAAGCAGUGUGUGAAGACUUGGAACUCCAGGCUUUUGUGAAGGACAUCUUUGUAUAUGGGAUGAGGGGCAACAAGGAUUCAGGAUUUCCUAAGACAAUCAAGACACGGGAAAAGCUUUCUGAGUAUCUUACCAUAAUGAUAUUUACAAGUUCAGCACAACAUGCAGCUGUAAAUUUUGGUCAAUAUGAUUGGUGCUCCUGGAUUCCAAAUGCUCCUCCAACUAUGCGCGGCCCGCCACCUAUAGAAAAGGGGAAAACCACCAUUGACUAUAUCAUCAAGAGUUUACCUGAUAGGGGACGGUCUUGUUGGCAUCUUGGUGCUGUUUGGGCUUUGAGUCAAUUUCAGGAAAAUGAAGUGUUUCUGGGAAUAUAUCCAGAUGAACACUUCAUAGAGAAGCCAGUGAAAGAGGCCAUGAGGAAAUUCCGCAAGAAUCUUGAUGGAAUUGCAAGUUACAUUGCUGAACGUAACAGGAACAAAAAACUUCCCUAUUAUUAUCUUUCCCCAGAUCAAAUUCCUAAUAGUGUGGCUGUCUGAUUUUUAAAAAAUUAAGAGUUGGUGUACCUAGCCAAAUGCAAAAUUAUCUAUAGCAUAAAAAAAUUAUAACCAUUUGUAUGCUUCAGCAGAAGAUUGGACUAGAAGACCCAUCCAACCCUAUUAUUCUAUGUUCCGCAAUAACAGAUAAUUUUUACUUGUUUGUUUAAGAAAGUACUUAAAAAAUAAAAACUUGCUACUAUGCUAUUAUCUUAAGUAAGAUAAAGUACCAUAAUGGCUAAGUAUUGCUGAUUAGAAAAAAA